CGCGCGGCCGGGCGUGGGCGCCUGGAGAGGUCGAAGGCCCUUUGCCCGCUGCACCCCGGCGUUGCUGCUGCAGUCUGCGCGGAAUGGAGGGCACGGCCACGGCCAUCUGCGAGAUUUUGAAAUAUUUAAUAAUUUCCUGGAAGUGUGAAACAGCAGGAGUAACAACUGGAGCACUGCUAGAAGGACAGCUAGUGAUUUCUAUAGAAGCAUUAAAUUCUAAGCAUCAGGCAAAUACUCUUCAUUGUUUAACAACCAUUGCUUCUGCAGGAAGCACUUAUGGUGGUUUGGUCCUCAAGAAGUUCCUCAAAGACAUACAGUCUAUACUGCCUGGAUUGUCUGCAAAGUUGAAUUGGACAUCAGAGGAAGCCAGCUAUUCUCAGGCUGUAACGGGGGUAACACCCUUCCAGAUGAUUUUUGAGGUUGAUGAAAAGCCUGGAACUUUGAUGACAGAUAGUCUGGUUAUAAAGAAUUUUUUACGCAAAAUUAUCAUGGUGCAUCCUAAGAUUAGAUUUAAUUUCAGUGUAAAGGUGAAUGGAAUCCUCUCCAUAGAGGUCUUUAGGACAGAGAAUGAACCCACUUUGAACCUGUUGAAUGGAAUUGCUCUUGUCAUAAACUAUCAGCAUUAUGUGAGUAGACCAAAAGUUGGUACAGCUGAAUUACUCUGCAGCAGAUUCCAUCCUGUGCUAGGACAUCCAGUAAUCCUUUCCAUCCCUGAAGAUAUGGCUGACAUGGGCUUGUCCGGAGAGCUGACACUGACUCCAGCUGCUGCUCUGUGUCCUUGCCCGAAAGUCUUUUCCAACCAGCUGAAUAGGAUUUCUUCAGCUUCCAUAUCCUUUUGAUGACAGAGUUCAUUAAAAUUUUCAAAUUCAUAGUCUUUGAAAAUGAAUUUUUAUAUCCGAAUUCUAACAAAGCCUUUAGCAAUUAUAAGCUCUGUGUCUAGAAACCAGUAUGAUUUGUACAAAACAAAAAUCCAAUAUGAA